GCAAUCAGAGGGUGGUGGAGAGCAAAGUCCCUGCGAACCCCGUCACCCGCGUGCGGCGUGGAACCUGGCGCCACGUCCCCGCGUCCCUGGGGGGUCUGGGAACAUGGCCAGAAAGGCGCUCAAGCUUGCUUCAUGGACUGGCAUGGCUCUGGCUGCCUCGGGCUUCUACCUUUACAGUAACAAGUACUUGGAUCCUAAUGACUUCGGUGCUGUCAGGGUGGGCCGAGCAGUUGCCACGACAGCUGUCAUCAGUUACGACUAUCUCACCUCCCUAAGGAGUGUCCCCUAUGGUUCCGAGGAGUACUUGCAGCUUCGAUCCAAGGUGCACCUCCGUUCUGCCAGGCGUCUCUGCGAGCUCUGCUGUGCCAACCGGGGCACUUUCAUCAAGGUGGGCCAGCACCUGGGAGCCUUGGACUACCUGCUUCCGGAGGAGUACACCAGCACCCUGAAGGUGCUCCACAGCCAGGCCCCGCAGAGCAGCAUGCAUGAGGUCCGCCAAGUCAUCCGCGAGGACCUGGGCAAGGAGAUCCAUGAUUUGUUUGUGAGUUUUGACGACACCCCCCUGGGGGCCGCCUCCCUGGCCCAGGUCCACAAGGCGGUGCUGCGUGAUGGGCGGACCGUGGCCGUGAAGGUCCAGCAUCCAAAGGUGCAGUCUCAGAGCUCGAAGGACAUUCUUCUGAUGGAGGUGCUUGUCCUGGCUGUGAAGCAGCUGUUUCCAGAGUUUGAGUUCAUGUGGCUGGUGGAUGAAGCCAAGAAGAAUCUGCCUUUGGAGCUGGAUUUCCUCAAUGAAGGGAGGAAUGCCGAGAAAGUGGCCCAAAUGCUCAAAGACUUUGACUUCUUAAAGGUCCCCCGCAUCUACUGGGAGCUGUCCACCAAGCGGGUCCUUCUGAUGGAGUUUGUGGAUGGCGGCCAGGUCAACGACAGAGACUACAUGGAGAGGAACAAGAUUGAUGUCAAUGAGAUCUCACGCCACCUGGGCAAGAUGUAUAGUGAGAUGAUCUUUGUCAAUGGCUUCGUGCACUGUGACCCCCACCCUGGCAACGUGCUGGUGCGGAAAUGCCCAGGCACAGGGAAGGCGGAGGUAGUCCUGCUGGACCAUGGGCUCUACCAGGUGCUCACCGAUGAGUUCCGCCUGGAUUACUGCCGCCUCUGGCAGUCGCUGAUCUGGACUGACAUGGAGAAGGUGAAGAAGUACAGCCAGCGCCUGGGGGCCGGGGAUCUCUACCCCUUGUUUGCCUGCAUGCUGACUGCCCGGUCUUGGGACUCCGUCAACAGGGGCAUUGGCCAAGCCCCGGUCACUGCCACAGAGGAUGCGGAGAUCCGCAACAACGCGGCCAACUACCUCCCCCAGAUCAGCCAGCUCCUCAACCACGUGCCCCGCCAGAUGCUGCUCCUCUUCAAGACCAACGACCUGCUCCUCGGCAUCGAGGCCGCCCUGGGCACCCGGGCCAGCGCCAGCUCCUUCCUGAACAUGGCACGCUGCUGCAUCAGGGCGUUGGCCGCGCACAAGAAGAAGAACAGCCGCUCACUCUUCAGAAGGACACAGAUCUCUUUCAGAGAAGCCUUCAACUUAUGGCAGAUUGACCUUCAUGAACUCAUUCUGCGUGUGAAGGGAUUGAGGUUGGCCAGCUGGGUCUUGGCCCUACUCUGCCGGCUGUUGCCCACUUCAUACUGAGCGGAUCUGCUGUCCCCCUUUCCCUUUCCAGGGUGACUCUGUGGCGGGCAAGUGGAAUUUUCACUCUUCACUCUUCUGUCAUGUCUCCACCUAGGUGCCCUGUGUCUGUCACAUGGUAGCCUGGAGCCCCACAGUCAUUGUCUGUGGCACCAUUAUACUCCACCCUCAGAAUCCCUCUCCUCAACUGUGACCCUUGUCUCAUAGGCUACACAAGCUGUCCUAUGCAAGAAGUUUCUCUCCUUAUCCAGGGAGAUGGCAUACACAGUGUUUCCCACUCCUGGUGGGCGCCAUUGGGCUGGAUGUCCCCUUACUUCCGGUAACCAUUCCUCCUUUCAGGAUGGACCAUGAAUCCCACUGACUUCCUACAUGAAUUUCUAUAUUUAACUGAUGGGAGGUUUGAUUUUGUUGAAAGAGAGUAGAGUUUCUGAGCUUGCUCGGAAUGGAUUCCCUCUCCUUGCCCUGUCGCUCCCAGAGGUGUCAUACCUGAGCAAGGUGGCUUGGCAUCUGAGGCAUGAGUUCACUGCUAUUAUGGUGACCACUCAGAUGUUUUAUGUACUGUGUUUCAAUAAAAAUCCCUUCAGGAUUACAGAGAAGGGCUUUGUUGCUGGGAUUUUUAUUCUAGAUGGGGAGUGAAUCCACAUUGGCUGUUAGGUAAGAGUGGGCCUGGAUGCUGUGGGCCACUGUGUUCUACUUGGCACCUGGCCCCUGUCAUCCUUCCAGCCUUUCCCUGUGUGAUCACUUCCUGCCCCUUGUAGGUGUUUCUUCCUUUCUAAGACUCUGAGACUUUGGAGAAGUUAAGAAGCCCGACUCAGUUCAGGGCCAGCAACUCAGAGGCUCUGCUGAAACCUCGGACUUGGGUUUCCCUGGGUUCUCACCACAUUCGCUGUGAGCUGGCUUUGUUCUACUCCUCGCUUCCUGCUUUGGGUUCAUCAUUUGACGCCACCGUCCUGGAGACU